AUGAGCCAGCACGGUUACACUCACGGUCCGCCGGAAGGCCGUUACCACCCGCAAACCACGUCAAAUCUUCCCUAUCCCGCGUACAACGCCGUCCCGUAUUACCCCAGCGAUGCACAAACCUCGUCGCCCUUUUCCCACAAGAACGCUCCCCAACAGACCUUCGACAAUAGUGGAAGCGUAAUACCUGGUCUCGGCUUGGGCUUCUCCAACACUGGCAGCGCGCCAGCAGGAUGGCAUCAAUCCUGGAACUCUCCGUCUGCUGCCCCGGGUGUCCACCAUCAACCACCAGGGGCAGCUCCCCACGGUCCUCGGAACAUAGCCCACAGCGUGCAAGCCCCCGAGAAGAAUGAAGAGGCGGAAGAGGGCGAAGUGAGCGAAGGCGAAAUGGAGGAUAUAUAUGAGCCAAAGUACUCUGAUGAGGAUACGACCACGGCCCACCAGAACAGCAGCUUCGGUACUAUAGUUACUCAGGAGACAGAAGGAGUUUCCAGGAAUGCAUCUCCAGGAACAUCGCAGCCGUCAACAGCUGCCGAUAGUCAACCGCCGCCUCAGCCAGCUGCACAGGACAAAUCAUUAGCGCAAGCUCGAAAACAAGCACAAGAUGCUAUCCUACGGCUCUGGCCUUUGAAUGUGCGAUUCCAAGACUACAUCAACGAAGGCAUCGACGCCCCCAUAUUGCAAGGCUUGUUUCGGGAUGUUGGCCUCGACCCCCAGGCUACUUCGACUCGAUCUGCGCCAAUAACCGAUUUACCUGCAACGACACAGCCUAAUGCAGGACAGCCACCUCGUAAAAGUCAGCCUUCUGAGAUGCAUAAAGAGGCUGCGGUGUCUGUUGAAGAACCUACAUCACGACCUGUUAAGAAUCCAGCCGAAGAACGAAAAGACCGGAUAGCUCGACUCCUUGCAGCAAAGGGCACGAAACAGUCUGCAGCAGCUUCGCCGGACCCAACUACUCAGACAUCGGCAGCACCAUCACCUACGCCACCCAAACUGCAGUCCGAGAAGUCCAAGUUACUGCAGGAGAAGAUGGAAGCCCUCAAGAGGGCACGCGAGGCUCGGACGCAAAAGCCUGUGCCGGGGGGCGGCAAGGAGCAGCACGGUGAAAACAGCAGCCAGAAUCAAGAUCACAAGCAGCCCGUCAAGACAGCGGCAAUAUCACCGUCACAGGACCAAGCUCAGGUCCCCCAGAAGCCACCCGAAGCUCAGCUACCGUCUUUCAUAACAGGUCUAGCUCUCGACGCAAAGCCUACCCCGCCGACAACAAAUCCGCAGAAGAGACCCGUUGCUUCUGAUUUCAUCGACACGCCUGGCAGCCCGUUCAAGCGCCCUUUUGGGCAGAAUAGGAAGCCCGCACCUUUCCUCAUUGAUGUCAGCGACGACGACGAUGAUGAAGCUAUGGAUCUCGACUCGCCCGAACAGCGGCCUGCAUCUGUCAACCGACAGAAUUCUACAACCAACCCUCCACCAAGCCGCGGUGCUUACAACACGGAUGACGUGCGCCCCGUACGGAGCCGAUCUAGUCCUGUUGUAACGACCCCCGUUUCUUUGGGGGGCAGAAUCAAUUUGGAGAGCAUGAACAAGGAGAUCGAGGCCAUGAAAAGGAAGAUUGCAGAGGCAGAAGCUAAGAAGAAGAGGAAGCCCUCUCUUCGGUCCUCACCAGCUACAGACCGAGCAUCCGCAUCAGUCACGCCGAGCCAAGGUUCGGAGUACGGUGAGGCGUCGAGCCAAAGCCCUAUUGAUGAAGCCCCAAGGAGACUGCCAAAGGUAGCUGAAAGACGGCAGCGAUCCGACAACAAAGAAGCCAGUCGGAGUCGGUCGCGGGCAGCCAGCGAACGCCUGCCAAUCAUUGAAGCCCACAGGAGAGAACAGUUGCUAAAGCUGCAGACGCUUCAGUCACAAGUCAAGAAAAUGGAGCAGGAGAUUCAGGAAAGCCUCCAGGAAGAGGAAAAGUUGAGGAGCGAAGUCAUUGAUGAAUCCUUCUCUGGCGACGACGAGACCCACGAAUUGUCGGGCCAAGCCUCCGGUACGUUCCUGAAACCCACGAAGGAGGAUAAUGCGCAGGGCGACGCCCCGGCACCAGCAGGAAUGUUGGAAGAUGGACAGCAGCGGCCAAUGGAGUCAGUCACGAUGGGGCUUCACGAGCCCGUCGAGCGCGCCAAAGAUGACAAUAAGGAAGACGCGAGCGCCAACAUUACUGGACCCAGCCCGUCCGCAGCAGCACCCGAAGAACCUCAGCAGACAAAGCAGACGACGUCAGACGAUGAAGGUUCAGAUGGGUAUGAACCGCCCGAAGCCAUGUCUUCGACAUCCAGUGAAGAUGGAGAUGACAAGCCGGGGUCCGAACCUUCGACUACGAAAGGCAGCCAUUUUCUCGGUGAAAGUGACAGUGAGACCCAGGUUGUGUCAGCUACAUCUCCCAUCACAAAGCCCAUAUCGACGGGCCAGCAGGAUUCCAAGCCAGGGUCUCCAAGAGAAGUUGUCUGGGAUAUACUUCCGCUUGAACCCGCGCACCGCCUAACACGAGAGCAGGACCAGGUUCAGCCCAAGGCCAAUGAGGCACCAGCGCCACCGGCGCCAUCGUCGACGAAAUUUGUUCCCUACGAGACGCCCCUGAGGUACUUUCGUGCGUAUCGGUUCCACCCCAAGUUCCAGCAGGAAGUGCCUGGCGGCCUGCGAUCCUUAACUUAUAGCAACAAGAUUGAUGUCAAUAAGGAGCUAUGCCCUGACGACUUGGCUGGUGUCACGUGCCCAAGGGGCAGUCGAUGCAAUUAUCAACACAUUGAGUCGAUACAAGCUCCUGAUGAUCAGGUUCUCCUCCAGCUAGGAGCGUACGGUGGAUACGAAGGCGAACGGGAGCAAGAGUACAUACAGGGACUUCGAAAACUACUCACCGACUUCCGCAGCCGCAAGAUCAAGGAUUUUGCGACCAUCAGCCAAGGCAUCAUCGACUAUCGGGCACAGUUCCACAAGGAUCCAUCCAAGAUCCUGCCCUUGGGAGACGUGAGCAUCUGA